UUACGUCACUAGGUCAAAGGCGACAGCGAUGGACGCUCGUGAGAUGUAAACAGUCCCGUGUUUGUUGGAGGGCAGAUAUGAGGCUUUUAUCGAGGGCAGUGCAGGCUGCUGUGGGUCAGAGGGAGUGGAGCCGCAGACACUUCUGGGGCUGGCUCAAUGCAGUUUUCAACAGGGUCGACUAUGAGAGGAUUAAAGCUGUUGGUCCGGACCGAGCUGCGGCAGAGUGGCUGUUGAGAUGCGGUGCCAAAGUGAAGUUUCAAGGUUUCGAUCGCUGGCAGCACGACUACAACAGUCUGCCAACUGGGCCUCUGGGCAGAUACAAGAUCCAGGCGAUAGACGCCACCGAAUCCUGCAUCAUGUACAGAGGGUUUGACCAUCUGGAUGGUUUGAAACAUGUGGACGAAAUCAAGUUCAACAAGUGUAUCUACAUCGAGGACGCCUGCCUGGAGCGGCUGAGCUCAAUAGAGAAUCUGCAGGAGAGUUUGUACAUGAUGGAGGUCGUGUCGUGUGGAAAUGUGACCGAUAAGGGCAUCAUCGCCCUACACAAACUCAGGAACCUGGAGUAUCUGUUUCUCAGUGAUCUUCCCGGAUUCAAAGACAAAGAAACGACAGUUAAGAGACUACAAACAGCACUCCCACAUCUGGACAUAGCGCUGGACCUGGAGUGAUUGAAAACAAUGUCCUGAUAUAAUUGUAAAAUUUGGACACCUUUUGAAAGGUUUUCAGGUAAAAGAUCUGAAGAGCUGUUGGCCGGCAGGUAGAUCCUUCAGCUAUAUCGUCAAGUGUAUCUACAUGUGAAUCAUUACUUGGUGUGCAGCGGCAGCAGAGAAUAAUUCAGGUUGAUGUGUCACCUUUCAGCUUGAAGUAUAAUCAAGCUUUAAAGGGACAGAUCGUCCUUAAAAUCAAAAACAUAUUUUUCCUUUUACCUGUAGUGCUAUUUGUCAAUCGAA